AUGAAGGAUGAUAUUUUCGGGCCAAUUGUAUGUGCAUACGUGUAUCGUGACAAUGAAGUCGAUAAAACAUUAGACUUGGUCAACACAACCACAGAGUAUGCAUUGACUGGUGCUAUUUUUGCUCAAGAUGAAGCAUUCAUUAAGUCUGCAACUGAUCGUCUUAUUGAUACAACUGGUAACUUUUAUGUAAAUGUUCAAUCGACUGGAUCUGUAGUUGGUCAACAACCAUUUGGAGGCGCUAGAUUAUCAGGUACAAAUGAUAAAGCUGGAGGACCUCAAUAUGCACUACGUUUUACAUCUCCACUUUCGAUUAAAAGACAAUUGAAGCCUAUACCAUCAUGGAAACAAGCUCAUUUGAAGUAA